GAGCAUUAUAUGCGUCGUUGACGUGUUCAUCCUCUGCAACUGCAACAGACCAAAGUUGUUUCUCUCUCUAGGGUUUCCCUCUCCACUACCGUACUUUCAUCGGAUCGCUGCCGUUUCCGGCACCAUUUCGAUAAUUCGGCGGCAUGAAGCUCACAGUGAAGACUUUGAAAGGGAGCCAUUUCGAAAUCAGGGUUCAGCCCUCCGACACUGUUAUGGCUGUCAAGAAGAAUAUUGAAGAUGUACAAGGCAAAGAUAAUUACCCAUGUGGACAGCAACUGCUUAUUCACAAUGGCAAGGUUUUGAAAGAUGAAACUACAUUAGCAGAGAACAAAGUCUCUGAAGAUGGCUUUCUUGUUGUUAUGCUUAGUAAGAGUAAAACAUUGGGUUCUGCUUCAGCUUCAUCUGCUCAGCCUGCCACCAAUCCUUCUACGACUGUACCAACAUCAAUCACCACACCUGCUUCUGAUCCUCCAGUACAAACUCUGGCUGAAAAUAACAGUACGACUAGCACAGAUGUCCCAACUACAAAUGUGUCUGCCAAUACUUAUGGUCAAGCUGCUUCGAAUUUAGUUGCUGGUAGUAAUCUUGAGCAGACUAUUCAACAAAUUAUGGACAUGGGUGGUGGCAAUUGGGACAGAGACACUGUCAGUCGUGCUCUUCGGGCGGCUUAUAAUAACCCAGAGCGUGCUAUAGAUUACUUGUAUUCUGGAAUCCCUGAAGCAGCAGAAGUUGCUGUUCCAGUUCCUCACUACCCAGGUAGUCAGACAACUGAAACUGCUGGGAUUUCUUCUGGAGCAGUUCCUGUUGGACCCAAUUCAUCUCCCUUAAAUAUGUUUCCACAGGAGACGAUUUCUAGUACUGGUGCUGGACUUGGAUCGCUUGAUUUUCUUCGAAAUAACCCCCAGUUUCAAGCCUUGCGUUCAAUGGUGCAAUCCAACCCACAAAUUCUACAGCCUGUGCUUCAGGAACUUGGUAAGCAGAAUCCCAGUCUUUUAAGACUGAUUCAAGAGCAUCAUGGGGAGUUUCUCCAGUUGAUAAAUGAACCUGUCGAGGGUUCUGAAGGAGAUAUAUUUGACCAGCCUGAGCAAGACAUGCCUCAUGCCAUCAACGUGACUCCAGCUGAGCAGGAGGCAAUUGGAAGGCUUGAGGCUAUGGGAUUUGAUAGAUCCUUGGUCAUAGAGGCAUUUUUGGCAUGUGAUCGUGAUGAGCAAUUGGCAGCCAACUACUUAUUGGAAAAUGCUGGAGACUUUGAGGAUUAAAUCAGAAGACUACAUUAAUUUGUUUUCCUGGCGAAGCUUGGAGUUAGGAACGCAACCUCAAGCUUGAGUCCUUAUUUGCUAACUGAUGCCAUUUGGGGUGACUCUGCUGCGGCUUUGGUUCUUCUUUUUGAUGUACCCAAAAAAAUCUCUAACCUACAUACAUCGAUUCAUAGUUUUGUUCGGCCUCUUGUUAUUUUUUUUAAACUUAGAUGUGUUUUGGAAAAUAUAUCGGGUACAGUUUGGAUUUAUCCAUAUUUCAUCGAAACAAUGGACUGCAUCAAUUGAUUUUAGAAUCCGGUUUAUUUGAAAGAA